CUGCUGUAUGGUUAUAUAACGAUUUAACUGGUCGGUUCCUCGGAGGGACCGGGCUCAUCGCUCGGGACUGGCACCUGGUGCGCUGCGGGGGCAGCCCCGGCUGGGACGUCCCUUUCUGCCGCAGCGAGCGCGCAUGUCUCACCCAGUCAUUUGACCGAGACGCUGCUGGUCCGGCUGCGCUCGGGCGAGGGGAGCCCUCUCGGUCCCAGUCCCGGUCCGGUCCGGCCAGUGCUUCCCUGACAGCACCGUCGCCUUUCGCUGCGUCCCGCGUCGCCGCAGUGGCCGCCCUCCAAUGAUGUGUGACGGUGGUGGGAAGCUGAAUCGUCAAAUCUCUGCUCGUUUUGCUCCCCAGCUGUAGCCAUUGUGGGAUAUCGAUAACAGCUUGUGGCUGGGACUAUGGUGUGUCAUCGCUUGAACAGCGAUGGCCUUCCUCGUUAUCACCUCCGGCGGAUUGGCCGGAGACCUUCGCUGCCCGACAUCACCAACUACAUUGACUUCACCAAGCGGGUCACCCUGAUUGGACGGAACAGCAAGGUGGUUGAUUACGAACUGAGGUCUGCCAGUGAGUCGCAGAAGAGGUGUAUCUCUCGGACCCACGCCCGCGUGAUCCGCUCCACCUCGGGUAACCAGCACCGGCUGGUGGACUCCAGCUUUACCGGCGUCUACGUCAAUGACCGGCGACUGGACGGUGACGUGGUCCUAAGCGAAGGAGACACCGUGACGUUUGGCCAUCCCCAAAGUUCUCAAGUGGACCGAGGAGAGAGGGUGCGGCAGCCUAACUCCGAAUUUUAUUUCAUGUUUGAGCUGUGUGACUGCGAGCAGGAACGAGGCCCGGUACCGAGCUAUAACUCCACGCCUUACACCACACCGACGGUCCUGGAGCUCCGGGAACGUCAGCUGUCCUUGGAUGGGUGGGAAUGGCCGGCAGCUCGCCCUGGUCAGGGCAACCCUGCAGGUUUCGAAGCCAUGACGGAUUGUCACUCCACACCAGUGGCCGUGCCCUCCCAGGAGAGGGGUGAAAACAGAGCCCAAGUCAGCAUGGUGGUGGCUGCCAGUGCCUCACCCUGUCCGAGCAGCACGGGGACUGCACGGGAUGAAAUCCAGGGCCGCGGCCGCGUGCCUGCGCUGGAAACGGAUAGGGCACCUCCCGCUGGAGCAGCACGUCUGACUGAACCGACCCUGGAUCGCGUUGCCACCGGGAACUUUAUCCGGCGUCAGGGGAAGGGCGUGCAGAUUCCAUUCACAGAGCAAGACAGCACCCUCAAACGAGAGGCGCCGGCCGCUGGGAGAGCAGGGAGCUCCGUGCCGCCCGUCGGUGACGCUUGUGAGGACUCAGCUUUGUCCGACUGGCCAGGCCGGCCUCACCCGAGCAGGGAGGGCGAACCCGUGCCGGGCGUCAUCUCGGGUGCUCCCCACCGAGACUGGGAGGAGACGGCUGUGACGGACUCUUUAGCCCCCCUCGUGAAAAGCGAGGGGCGGCACGAUGCUGUGAGAAAUCCCUCGGAGGGCACCCUCGUUGAGGGCCGCUCUGCACCCGAGCAUUCACUUAGGGCCCAAAGCCUAGAAAUUCUGGAAGACCCUGACGACAGACUGAGAGGUGCUUGCCAGAGCAAAGGCAUGCCCGCUCGAAACUUCCUGCCGGAAGGUGGAAUCGCAGAGGGCACAGCAAGGCGUCGAGAGGAUGAGGGUUUGCAUGGUUACCCUCACAAAGCAUUUGUGGGUGCAGCUCAUGAAGAUGAUGUGCUCCCUCAGCCCAUGGAUGUCCAGUUGACUCGUCUGGAGCAACUGACUGACGCUGGGACAACUGCAGACGGGAUCACUGGUGGCAAUGGUUCAGCCUGUGAGAGAGAGGAGCGACUGUCAUCAGACAAAUUCCACCAACCCGCCGUUGUUCUCAACCGGGCUGAAGCCGUCCUGGGGACAGAAACUUCCGACUCUCUGCCUGGAGACACUUCAAGCACACCCACAGAAGAGAUGGAAAAGGAUGGGAGUUUGAUUAACUGGGAGAUGCCAAAAGGACGUGGGAUCCUGAUGGAGUCACAAGGUCCACACAAGCUGGAGACUGUGGGGCAAUCCAGGUGGGUAAAGCGAAGAAGAGAGGGGUCAUCCUUUGUGAGGGAAAUGGGAACAGCUACUGACACAACUCGGGCCGAAUGUACAACACUGGACAAUUCCGUGCCAAAACCUUUCUCACCUACCUUUGCCUCAGAGACCAAACUUGAGUCAAAGUUGCCCGUUGAAUUGGCCGAGAACAAUGACAGUGUUCCGGUUACCACCCUCCCAACAUUCGGCCCUUCUGACCCGGGUGAGAACGAAAGGCCGGUGAUUCCCUGCUGCAAAUUGCACUCCUCGCCUGUGGGGCCUCGGGGAGGAGUACGGGAUCAAGUCAGCACAACCACGGAUCCCCUGGAAGGAGAGCACGGAUGCAGGACGCGUGCAGAGAAAUCCAGAGCCCUUGGGGAAAGUGAGACCCACAGAAGGUCACCAAGGCCUUCAGCUGAUGUCGAUGUGGAGGACAUGAAAGCUCAGGGUGAAUUAAAACAGCUUGACCAAAGGGCCCAGGAAAUGGACACCGAGGAGUCGAUGGAGGUGGACUCAUCGUGCGCUGUGGAGGCGGGUACAUUGCAGGAGGCAACAGAGUCACAGGAACUGGAGGUGGGCGCGUCGUGGGGUGUGGAAAUGUCACAGGAAAUGGAGACCAGAGUGUCACCGGAGAUCGAAAUGGGUACAUCGCGGGAACCGGAGAUUGCGGAAUCACAGGAAAUGGAGGUGGAGAUUUCUCAUCGGACGGUGAUGAGUGCACCACGGGGAAUGGAGAUGGAAAAGGCUCUGCAGAUGGAGACUGGUGCAUCUCUGGAGAUGGAGACGGGUGGGCUAAGAGGAGACCUCAAAUCUGACCGUAACUUGGAAGGGACAAUUCACCUGAAUGCUCCUCUGGAAUUGGAGAUGGCGAGUCACGGGCGAGUUGAAGGUGGGGCAAGUGCAGCUGGUGUGGAUAUAAAACAGUGUGGCCCUAAUGGAGAAGAAGAGGAUUCUGAUGGCAAGGAGACCUCUGAACUGCUCCACCUCUCUCUAAGAGUUGAUGCAGAGGAGAUCGGAGAGACCAUGGACAAAAGUAUGGAAGUAGACAUGGUGUCUGAAUGUGCAGACAAGGAUGUGGAUGUGGCCAGCGCCAGUCUGACAGCAGUGGCGAGCAAGACGGCUUUGCCACGUGGGGGAACCAUCGCCUUGGCAACCAGGUUGGACUGUGAAGUUAUCGGUAAACCCAUCUCACCAGAGCCUUCUGCAUUUGUUGGACACAAGGGCCUCACUGACACAGGCAAGACAGGGCUGCGUGGUAGUCCUGCUGAAGACAAUGGGAAGGUCCGUCUGCCUGAGGAUGAUGGGCAGGAAGUGUCAUCCCAGGUGGAGACAGGUCCCUCCCGGGCUGUACCGAGAGGAGAUGAAGAAAUAUGCCAGGUCCCAUGCUUGUCCUCAGCCCUCGCGGCUGGCUGCUGUGAGGCUAUGGGGACGGGGGCCAACGGAGACCCUAACACUGCUGUCCCGUUUGUUUGCUGGCCUACCCCAAAAAUAGGGCAGGGUGGGGUGGGAGGUCCACUGGCCCUGGGGAGGCUGGGCGAGGUUCUCGGAGGAGAACCUGGGAAUCGGGAGGGUCCCAUCGUUUGCAACCCAAUGUUGGAAAAUCCCACUGUGUCUGAAAGGGCAUCUGAGACCCCCACACCACCGGAUCCCACCCUCUCUGAGAGGGGAUCUGAGACCCCCACAUCACCUGGUCCCACCCUCUCUGAGGAAGGAUCUGAGACCCCCACACCACCGGAUCCCACCCUCUCUGAGGAGGGAUCUGAGACCCCCACAUCACCUGAUCCCACCCUCUCUGAGGAGGGAUCUGAGACCCCCACAUCACCUGAUCCCACCCUCUCUGAGGAGGGAUCUGAGACCCAAGCAUUACUGGAUCCCACCGUGUCUGAGAGGGGAUCUGAGACCCCCACAUCACCUGGUCCCACCCUCUCUGAGGAGGGAUCUGAGACCCAAGCAUUACUGGAUCCCACCGUGUCUGAGACCCCCACAUCACCUGAUCCCACCCUCUCUGAGAGGGGAUCUGAGACCCCCACACCACCGGAUCCCACCCUCUCUGAGGAGGGAUCUGAGACCCCCACAUCACCUGAUCCCACCCUCUCUGAGGAGGGAUUUGAGACCCCAACAUCACUGGGCCCCACCACCUCUGAGAAAGAAUCUGAGACUCCCACAUUGCUGAGUCCCAUGGUCCCAGAGGGGGGACCUGAGACCCUCAUAUCACCAGACCCUACUGCCCCUGAGAAGGAAGCUGACCUCCCAAAAUUGCAGGGUUCCUCUGUGUCAGAACAAGGAUCUAAUCCUCUCCUGUCACAGAGUCUCAUCGACUGUGAGAGAGGAACUGGCCCAUUUGCCCCAGGGAGUCCUACCGUCUCCAGUACCACCACAGUGCAGGGCUCUACUGUUGCCGAAGGGGGAGCUGGCAUUCCCACCCCAGGGGAACCCACUGUCCCUGAGGGGGUAAACAAUAUCACAAGGUCCAAACUGGAGAUCAAUGGCUUCACAUCACGGGGUCUCACAAUUACUGUGGGAGAAUCAGACAUUUCUGCCCCACAGGGUCCUGGCGUCACUGAGGGAGAAUCAGACAUCUCUGCCCCACAGAGUCCUGGCGUCACUGAGGGGGAAUCGGACAUCUCUGCCCCACAGGGUCCUGGCGUCACUGAGGGGGAAUCGGACAUCUCUGCCCCACAGGGUCCUGGUGUCACUGAGGGAGAAUCGGACAUCUCUGCCCCACAGGGUCCUGGUGUCACUGAGGGAGAAUCGGACAUCUCUGCCCCACAGGGUCCUGGUGUCACUGAGGGAGAAUCGGACAUCUCUGCCCCCCAGGGUCCUAGUAUCACUGAGGGGGAAUCGGACAUCUCUGCCCCACAGGGUCCUGGCGUCACUGAGGGAGAAUCGGACAUCUCUGCCCCACAGGGUCCUGGCGUCACUGAGGGGGAAUCGGACAUCUCAACCCCACAGGGUCCUGGCGUCACUGAGGGGGAAUCGGACAUCUCUGCCCCACAGGGUCCUGGUGACACUGAGGGGGAAUCGGACAUCUCUGCCCCACAGGGUCCUGGCGUCACUGAGGGAGAAUCGGACAUCUCUGCCUCACAGGGUCCUGGUGUCACUGAGGGAGAAUCGGACAUCUCUGCCCCACAGGGUCCUGGUGUCACUGAGGGAGAAUCGGACAUCUCUGCCCCACUGGGUCCUGGUGUCACUGAGGGAGAAUCGGACAUCUCUGCCCCACAGGGUCCUGGCGUCACUGAGGGAGAAUCGGACAUCUCUGCCCCACAGGGUCCUGGCGUCACUGAGGGGGAAUCGGACAUCUCUGCCCCACAGGGUCCUGGCAUCACUGAGGGGGAAUUGGACAUCUCUGCCCCACGGGGUCCUGGUGUCACUGAGGGGGAAAUCAGACCCUCCACACCACCUGCUGCUGAACUGGAGGAACAUUUUGGGAGGAAGGCCAUUAUACUUUCUGAUUACAGAGGUGGAAGUGAUCCUCAGUUGAACCAAUCCUUGCCGGGAGGUGAAACCCUUCCUUGUGACGGCUUUCCAGUGGCUGGGACGACGACGGUGCAGCAGAGGGUGGUGGAAGACGACCCCCACUGGCCCAGUGGCAUUGUUCCAGAUGAGUGGCUCCUGGCUUUCGACGCACGGUUGCAUUUGAGCACCGCACUUGCGGGGGAACUCGUGCCCGAGAAACGAGAGUCAGCUUCCAGUGAAGUGGGCACGUCCUUGGCUGCGGGGUUGAUCGACCAGCCAGGGCAUUGUGUGGCCGGCGCUGGAGAGGGAAAGCUGGUCGGAACGAAUGAGUGCCGGGGAUCUGGGGCUUCCACGUUCCCAUCGGGUGUCGUGGGAGUGGCGGGAGGUGACCUCCAGGGGACUGAACCUCCAGAGGAUGCAGUCUGGCGCUCGCCCUCGGAUGCGAAGAGGGAAGGAGGGAGGCCCGGGGUGCUGGAGCCAGAACUACGUGACGCAGCGAUCGGGCACCUGGAACAUCCAGUCGUGGACUUGGAAGCACCUCCCGCAACUGGAGCUGGAGGAGAGGAUGCAUUCUCUGGGACUGAGCAGGUGGAAGACGAGCAAAGCAGGAAGGAGCACGUGUUUGGCGGCUCAGAGCGUGGGUCCAGUGACCCGGCUGCCCCUGGCUGUGUGCUGGAAACAGAACUACAUCAGGUGUGUCCUGGCGAACCAGGUACCCAGGGGGAGGGAAGGUUCCAGCCUUCAGUUACUCAUUUUGCCAGCGCUCCAAGUUCCACGUGGGAUACCAACGAGGAGAGAAACAUCUGCAAGGCAUCGACUGCUGCAGGAGUGAAGCUCGUUCCCGGGGGCUCGGACCAUCAGGGACUUGUGGACGAGAGGUACGGGGAAACAAAUGGAACUAGAGCUUCAGGACCAUCACCUUCAUGGGUACCACAACUCCAGCAGGUUUGGUCAUCUGGAAGACUGAAAGAGCCACCUCACACAACACCUGACUCUGAUGGUCACUUCUGGGCCUGUACCGAGGCAAUACCAGCUUCGAUGUCAGGAAAACCCCAGGCAGAGGUAGAAAAGGGUGAGAAAGGUGAGGAGGAUGGCAUUGGAGCUGUUAAGACAGCUUCAUGUUACUCAGACCUUGCCCACGACAUGAGAGACAGGGGCCAAAGCUCGCAACUGCAGCUUACGCCAGAAAAACCAGAAGAAGACAGUUCGAGGAAGUGUGGACCUUCAGAUGGAGAAGGAGGGGGCAUGGACACUUGUGAGUCUGGGCAGGCGGGCAAGAGAACCGACUUGGCUGGUGACGGGAAAGAAUCUUUGUUCUCCGAGAUAUGUCGGGCCAAGUCCAUGGCUGUGUCUCUGCAUGGUGUAGAAUCAGAAACAGUGGAUGUGGCUCACCAAGAUCGGGGCCGGAAUUGGGCUGAAUUUGCAAGCAGGACUGAUGUGGAGUUGGACCCUGGAGAUGACUCCACCCAUGCCAGACUGAACCCAGAGUGUCCAGACCCGCAGCACUCUGAGAUUAAGCUGGAGGAGGAGGACUUGGCAGGCAGCUGGACAUCAGAUGGCUCCAGACAUCUUGGUUCUGUGGCACUAAAGAGACCUUGUGAAACUGAGGCAGCAGAUUCCAAUUCCAGUUUUGCGCCCAGUAAACGGAAGUGCUCUGAUCAGCAGGUCCGGUCUGAGAGGAGAAUAAAUCUGAGUCUGCUGUCCUUCUCCAGGCAGCUGAAGCAGUAUCGAGCCAACUACAUCGGCAGUGUGGUCCGCCAGUUCUUCGCUGAGUACAGGCCAUCUUGGGAGCACAGGCUUCCCAAGCUCGCGGUGGUGAACCGGCAGAGUGAGGUGGCGAGAAUCGUUAAAGUCUUCUUCGAAUCUCUCAGCGCCCAGUGCAAAGCCGAAGUGGUCGACGGGCCUCAGCACAGCAUGACGUCCUCCGGCAGCAGUCAGCGGCCCGGCCACUCGGGUUUAGAGUCAGGGGAAGUGUCCGGGAACCAGGAAAGGCAGCUUGAGAGGCUCUGUGAGAUUGGUCCAGGGCCUGCCCUUACACACGUGACUAAUGAUACCAAGGCAACGGUCUCCCAGGCAGCAGAAUGCGGCCUGCCUGUCUGCCAUGCAUCUGGUGGGAUAAUCGGAGACUUGGAAACAUGCCUUCUGCCGGAAGGCAGUGACGUGACCCAGGAGUCGGAAGCUGCCCAGGGAAAUAGCCGGGAUGCAACCCCGGACCUUCUCAAGCAUUCUCCCCACCUCGGUCAAAACACAUGUGGCAUCACCCAGGUAGCGGAGAACUCUCCAGCUGAGGACCUUGAGUCUCCCUUUUGCUUUGCACAAGGCAGAAAGGUUUACACGGAGGCUGCCAGCUCACACGAGGUAGGACCCAUCGCCCUCCCCUGGUUUCCAUCCAUCGCUGAAUCCCCUGGGGCGCCCAGACAUGACGGAUGUCCUCAACUCCAGAGCUUGAUGCUGGAAGGGACCUCUUCUGAUGUCAGUGGAACUGAGGAGAUGGCUCUUGAUGGAAGGGAGUCUUUGGUAUUGAAAGCACCUAAUACACCCCUGAAGCCAAGUAGCAGUAUCCUUGUAGACAACGUUGAGGAAUCCUGGAGAGAGCGGAGCCCUUUCCGCCCAGCUGAGGGCACCGCGGACUUGGCUAGGGGUGAUAGAUCCAGUUCAGGUAUAUCGGCUUGCUUACCUGCCCUGUGUCGGGACAGUCCUGCUCCCCACCCGACCGACCCCAGUCAGGUGAUGGAACGCGGUGACCCUUUUCAGAGCCGUGAAGGCAUGAACGGUCUUGGUGUAGUACAGCCAUCAUCUCCUGGCUGCUGUGUGUUGGCUCAGUGUGAUGGUGUGGACGGUUAUUACGCAGCCCAGUUAGGCUGUAGCAACAAUCAGACCAAACCUGACAAUACAGCAGAACCUCCUGCCCCUGACGACACUCAUCUGGGUUGUAGCGAUGACAUGAUUGAAUCUGUCAGCCUGGCAGAAUUAUCAGCCCUCGGUGACAAUUUUCAAGAUCGUACCAACAAUAAACUUGAACAUAUUGAUGUGGAACCAGGCCUUCACCUCGGAAGUCUUCGGGAAAGUGACAAUGGCAUCAGUCACAGUGAAGCACAACCUGGCAGCAAUGCCCUGGGUUUUAGUGACAAAGAGACUGAGUCCGUUAAUGCUAAAGGACACCCUGCUGAUAGUGACCCUGCUCUUGGUCUUAAUGAAGAUGAAUUUGAACUUGGUGAUAGUGUACAGCCAUCAGCUGUGGACAGCAGUGACGUGGGCCGUGGUGACGGCCUGCAUCAGCCUUGUCAUGUGACAGAGUUAUCAGGUCUCAGCAACAACGUCCUGGAUCUAAGUAACGAUAAAAUUGCAGGACCAUCAGCUCAUGACAACAGUGAUGAUGAAGUCAAACGUGUAAAUAUUGCGGAAACCCCAACUCUCGACAGUAACGACCUGAGCUGUUGUGACAAUGUGUUUGAACUUGUUGGUAUGACAGGAUCACGAGGUCUUGAUAACAACGCCCUGGGCCUCAGUAACGAUGAAAUCCAAUCCGUUAUUGCUGUCGAGCCCCCAGCUCUGGGUAGCAGCAACCCAGGUGGUGCUAACAAUCUGGUUGGACCUGUUAAUAUGAGAGAACCACCAGCUCUGGACGACGGUGAUCUGGGUCACAAUGAUGAUGAAACUGAACCCGUUAUUUCUGCAGAGCCACAAGCUCUGUUCGGCAGUGAUGUAGGUCAUAGUGACAGUGUAAUUAAACCUGUUAAUGUAGCGGGAUCAUCAGGUCUCAAUGACGAUGCCCUGGGUCUUAGUAACGACAAAGCUGAACUUAGUAAUAUUGCAGAGCCACCAGCUCUUGACGGUAGCGAUCUGGGUCGUGGUGAGAAUGAAGCUGAACCUGUUGUUACUACGAAACCACCUGCUCGUGAUAGCAAUGCCCUGGGUCAUCGUGAUGAUCAGACCGAUCCUGUUAAUAUUGAAUGGUUAUUCCCCCACCGCAAUAACCUAAAUCACAGCAACACCAAGAUGGAAAGUGAUGAUAUCACAAAAAGGUCAUGUCUGGACUUGGGUCAUAACGCCAGCUCUGUUGAUGUGUCGGCUCUUGGCCGCGGUUCUCCAAGCAGCCUUGCAGGUGUAGGGUCGGCAGCUGCUCUGGGAUGUUCAACAGAAUGGCAGGAACUUGCGGAUGGUCUUCCAGGUGCUAGGGGUUGUGUUGCGUGGAGUGUGGCCCCUGGUGACCGUGCCUUAAUGAGACAGAGUCACAGGAAAAGCUGGGAGCUGCCAGACUCUCACAGCCCUGAUCAGGAAGGGACGAUGGGCUGCAGAUCACUGUGGGGACACGAGUCCGGUGUGGCACGAUCCCCCGGCCGGCCAGCCGAGCUGCAGCUCAAAAACCCUUUGACAACGGCAGCUUGGAGCACCACCGUGGAGGAUCCAGCCUGGAGUGAGACCUUGUCCCAGCCGAGGUGGGGAAGGACCAACUCAGAGGAGACAGCACACCCGGAGGCCCCUGGAGAGCCCGUAGUCUGCCACGUGCCUCUUGCAGUGGACGUGAAGAUAGAGAGAGAUGGUAUUCCCACUGAUGGGGUGAAUACUAGCCCUUUUGACCACAUCCCACCCAUCAGCGUGCCGGUGACCAGGAACCAUCAGUACGUCUCCCCCUCGUUGACAGAAACCUGGGCUGCUCCAGGCACCCAGGGAAGGGAGCAGCCAGUUCACCCAGCCGUGGACACUACUAGGCAUGAUGCUGGGGGUGCCAAGGAGGUUGUCCCCCACAGCUGGCAUCUUCCGUCUGGCGGUCCAGAUCCUCUGGCCUGUCAUCCUCCAUUGGCAGCUGACCACAGCAUCUUGUCACUGACCAGCAGGAGGGCCGGUGACCCAAGUACCAGGACGGGCAAUGCCAGCGCUUCACUGAGCGGUGGAAUCCAGAAGCCCAUCAAAAAGGAAAGUGGGAGCGGCAGGGAGGCUGGUAACCAUGCCUGCGGGCAGUGGGCAGUGUCCGGCUGCCAUACCGAGCCUCCUGCAGGCUUUGCCACUCCAUCUGGGGCUCGUUCUGCUACCGACCACCGCCCCGCACUGCCCAUCCCCCAGAGGGGCCUGGGGUGGCGCCCCCCUGCUGGCCAUCCCGACCCCUGGCAUUCCACCUCCCCUCCCACCAAGGUUCUUUGCCCCCAGAGCCCCCCCACCAGGCCCAGGUGCAAGUCUGAGGCCGGCCUCCUCUCCCCCUCCCGGUCCCAGUAUGCCCUGCCCCCCACAGAUUGCCACGAGGUGAGGUGUCUCUCCUGUGGAUCUGCCGGUGAGAGGCUGUUCCCGCCGGCUGAGGCAGUGUGUUCUCAGGAUUGGGAGGAGAGGCAGCGUUCUCAGCAGAACACCUAUAACCUCUCCCCCGGCCCUGUGAGAUCCUACUUGGCGGGGCCUCCUCCCAGCCGGACAGAAUUCCGCCUGUCCCAGAGCGAGCACAAUCCCUGCCCUGGCCGGAACCCUGCUGGGCACGACAUGGCAGCCGGAGCCAGCCGCUGUUCAGAGGCGAUGGAUGGAGGUCUUCAGAGAUCGGAGUUUGCGGCGCACUGGGGCAGAAAGGACGAGGAAGCCUCGCAGCGGUCAGACGACGACACGGGUUUUGUCCCACCAUCACCGGUGCAUUGCUGGGCCAAAUCUGACGAGGACGUCAGCUUCCAGCUGAGGGAGUGCAGCCUGCUGCUACAGGACGUCUCGGAGGCCCUGGAGGCUGAGGGGGUCAGCGAGCAGCACGUGUCUGAGUGGAGGGAACAGAUCAAGGAGCUGCAGGAGCAGACGGUGCCUCCUCUGACCUACGUGGCUGUGGUGGGAGACACGGGCUCGGGGAAGAGCAGCCUGCUGAAUGCCCUGUUGGACGAGGAAGGUGUCCUGCCCACGUCGGCCAUGAGAGCCUGCACAGCCGUGGUUGUCGAGGUGUCCCACAACACCAGCUCGCGCUGCUUCAGGGCUGACAUUGAGUUCUUCUCUGAGGAGGAAUGGAAUAAAGAGCUACACUCGCUGCUCAGUGACAUGACUGACAAGAAGGGGCGAUUGAAGAAACGGCGACCGGAUCCUGGUACUGAGGCCAGUGUGGCGUACAGCCGUGUCAAGGCAGUCUACGGACGAGUCCUCCCGUACCCAGAGCUAGCGCAGAUCCGGGAAGUCACCCAGUACCUGGGGACAACAAAAACCAUCAGCGAAGUGCAGGUCAGUGCUUUCCGCUCCAAAGUGCAGCCCUACAUCGACUCCCGCAACGAUUCCUGGAACAGCAGUGGGGGAGAGUUCUGGCCCAUCGUCAAGAGGGUGCGUGUCCAAGUGCCAAACUCGCCGGUGCUGCAGACUGGCGCCGUCCUGGUCGACCUGCCCGGUGUCAGGGACUCCAACGCUGCGAGGAACUCCGUGGCCAAGGAGUACCUGAAGACGUGCAACGCGGUGUGGAUUGUUGCCAACGUGACCCGAGCAGUGGACGACAAGACGGCCAAGGAGACCCUGGAUGAGAGUCUCCGGAGGCAGCUGCUGAUGGACGGUCAGUUUGGCUGCAUCGCAUUCAUCUGCACCAAGACCGACUGCCACAAUGUCACUGAGAUCAUGAGAGCUCUGUCUAUGACUGACGCCUGCAGCUCCCUGGAAGCUCAGAUUGCUGAGCUGAGGCGACGGAUUGACCAGAAGCAAGAGGACCACAAAGCCUGGAAAUUGGAGCUGGAAUGGUUACGGUCCAGCAGUGAGAAUGGAAAAUUGGCCGAAAAGCAGGAACUGGCUAUCAAACAGCUGGAAGCGGACUUGACUGGACUCCACCACGAGGAAGGCGUGAGGCAGAGGGAACUCUCCCUGAAUGCCAUCAGGGCCCGAAAUCACUUCUGCAAGCAAAAGAUUUGCCUGAAUUUCAAGAGAGGGCUGCAGGAUCUGAAGUGCCAGGCCAGAGAUGAAGAUACGGAUUCUGAUGAGGAUCAGGAGGAAAGUGAUGAGGACGAGGACGAGGAUGAUGUGUGCGAAGUGUAUCCCAAGAUGGCAGAUGGACCAGGCCCAGACCCUCCCGUGGGCACCCAGCUGCCCGUGUUCACGGUCAGCUCCACCGAGUACCUGAAACUGCGUGACAAGCUUCAGCGGGAUGGACCUCCGCGGGUCUUUCACAACAUCGAGGACACAGAGAUUCCCGCCGUGCAGAGAUUCGUGCACCGGAUCACGCUGGCCAGACGGGCGCUGGGCACCGAGGUGGUCAUCCGCAAGUUGGCCACCUUUGUCAGUCACGUAGUGAACUACCUGACCAAUCGCAGAGCCCAGAGUGCCUCCCUCCAGGCAAAGAUGCGCGAGGCCGUACGACACUGCCUAGUCCGCGCCCGAGAGAUAUUCCAGCAGGCGGCCGAGGAUUGCAGCUGGAACAUCGAGGGCUCGUUUGCAGAAAUCAAGACACAGCUGAGCUUUGGGAAGAAGAUGGCGUUGAAGAACAGUUUGGACACUGUGCUGCGCUGGGGUUCACGGCCUCCUAGUGGCCUUCCGUACCCAACCUACAAGGCAACGUGUAGUCGUAACGGGACCUUCUCGUCCCCUGCGUGUGGAGCCAUCGACUUCAAUGAAGAGCUGAGCCGGCCACUGCUCACCCCCCUGCAGAUGGUUUGGAACAAGCAAUUCAAUAUCUCCAUCCCCCAGCACCUGGAGAAAUUUAAAGUGGACGUCCUGGAGAAAUUGGAAUAUUUCUUCUCUGAUUUGCUGCAGCGAGUGAGACAGAUUGAAGGCGACAUUCGGCCCGUCAAUCAUAUUCAGUGGCAGCAGCUGUCGGCAGUGCGUGCCAAGCUGGAGAACUUCGCCAUCUUCCUCAUCAACGACAUCUCUGCUCGGCAGCGAAGCAUCUCCCGCAUCCUCACUCCAACCGUGCAGAAUAGGAUGACGCCAGCCUACUCGUCGUGCGCGUCGGAGAACGGUACUCGCUGCUUUGACAGGAUGAAAUCCCAGAUGGAGAAGCACGUCCAGGAGAACAAGGAGCAGAUCUUCUCCGACGCCUGCCGCAAGCUGACAGACCAACUGGAUCUCUUAAAGCAAGAAAUCCACUCUCGCCUGAAGCAGUUUCUGGAUGAAAUCUGCAAUGAAUUGAUGGUGCAGUUUGAACCACUUCUGAGGCCACUGCAGAUAAUCGAUGAAAUUAUCCCCAAGCUGAUCAGAAUCUGUAAGAAGAUGACUGCUGUGUGUGCGAGAUCCCAAGUGGACUUCAGUCUGCCCAAGAUUGAAGAGAGCGACGAGGAAGCAGAACCUGCCACGAUUCUGAGGAAGCCAGUGGCAUCAGAGACCCCGCCACUCCAGGAGCUGGAUAAAUUCCUGGGCAAAGUGAAGAUGAUGAGAAUAAAUCAAACGGAUGUCAAUCCGACAGAUCCUGUUGAGAUAUCGGCAAACGAGGUGGUUCUCAAGUACGAAGAGCGCGAGGAACGCGUUCCAUUCCUUUUCCUCUCCUCCUGUGAGUUCUGUGUCGGCAUACCCUUCCUCAUCCUGACCCACAGACUGGACAGCAAGGGCAUGGAGCGGAUAGAUGUGGUGGUCUUGGAUGAUGAGCGGAUGCCCUCGCCGUUUGCCCUGUGGAUGGAGAUGCUGAUGGACCGGUGGCAGCAGGUGCUUCGGCGUCUCGAGCUGCAUCAGGGCGUCCAGAGGCUGCAGUCUCUGCGUGUGAUAUACCAGGGUGCUGACAACAAGGUGCCGAAUAAAGAGGAAGUGGUCUCUAAUUGGCCAGGACCGAAUGAGGGUGCCUCAACCUCAACCUCCUCCUCCUGUAUCUAUCGCGACAGUUUUUCUCAGAGCAGGAAGAGGUCGUGGUGUGAGAUGGACCAUCCGGAAUUACCUCCUAGGGGACAGACUUCACGGCUCGUCAACACAGCACAGAAACACAGAAACAUCAGCACAGAAACCCAAACACAGCCCCCUGUAUUGAAGAAAGAGAAGAGGGACUGCGUGGACCCUGGCCUCCCUCCGAACAGGGAGUACAGAUCGGAGCCCCCUGUGUUAGAGAAGCAAGACUACAAGUACCCCACAAGGGGGGACUUCGACAAUGCCUAACCAGUAUCUUCAGCCGUCCAUCCACUCUCCGGAUCCAAGGGUGACCAUGUAUACCGGAAAGCAGCCUCCUCCAUCCCAGGCCUGUGCUCGGCCGAUGUUUCUGCAAGGACCCUGCACUGUUAUCGUUCUGGCAGGGCAAUGGGGGGAUAAUGCCAGGUUAUUCUUGGGGGCUUGAUUCUGCCUUCAGCUUGCUCCCAGUGGUAUGUUAUCAAACUGCUGAAUCUCAUGCAGUGAUGUGCAGAUUUUUUUCUGCUUCUGCCUGUCUGCUGGAAGAGUUCUGCAGCUAGGUCCCGGGUCAAACGGGACGACAUAGUUCCAUGCCCGGGCAAGGAGGAGCACUUGUUCAGGUUUUGAAUUUUUACUUUUUCAUAUUUUACAAUUUUCCAUUUUUCGGGCUCUGCUGUGAAAAGGAACUUGUGAUUCACAAAUAAAAAUUUUCAGUUAAAUUGA